UAACCAGCCCUGAACACCGAUCUGUUGGCUGCAGAAUCCAGUUGUUCCCGUCGGGCCAGUUGCAGAGGGCACGGGUGCAGGUGAAAGGAAGAGAGGGAGGGACCGGACCAGGCAGAGAGAAAGAGGAGGAGAAAACUAAUAGAAACCAAAGAUGACUGUGUGAAACAAAAUGGAUCCAACAAAGCCCAGCCUUUCCUCUAAGGCGGUGCAUGUAAACAAUGGUGGGGGGAAUGAAUCACUGAUGGAAGAAGCAUUGGACCCGUGGCGAGACGGUGUGGAUGGGGAGAGGCUGAGGGACCUGGAAGCCAGAGAGACAGACGUUGUUGAUGGGACGACUGCAGCUGCAGACAUAAACCAUCACCACAAGGGGUCAGCAGACAAACACAAGUUCAGUACGCUCGGUUUACAGAGGCGGACCAAGCAGAAAGUCGUGACUGAUUUUGCAAUAGUGAAUAAGGGACAAUCUGCAGGAGCCAAACCCAAAGCUGCACUGAGACAGGUCCUGUUCAACCAGGGAGUGUCUGAGAAGAACCCGGCAUCUGAGGAGCGAGGUCAGCUGGAAGUGUUGAAGCAGGUUCUGGGGUCCUUCCUUGUGCCGGUCGAUCUAAAGUGGAGGUGGAAGGAGGAAAGUCAGGGAAGCAUGCUGGAGAAGAACUGGACAGAUAUAGUGCACUCUCAUUCAACGAUGUCUAAGGUGCAGAGACACCAACAAGAGGCGCUGUGGGAGUUCGUCCACACUGAGCUCACCUACAUCAACAAGCUGAUUAUCAUCAAAGAUGUGGUUGUUGGAGCUCUUUUCAACCUGCAGCAGAAUCGAUUUCUCUUGGAGGUGAGGCCCGAGCAGCUUUUCUCCAACCUUCCCUCCAUCCUCAUUGCACACCAGCUGUUCUGGCAAGACGUGAUUUAUCCCAUGUUAGAGGAAGUCCGCAGGACAGGCAAGCCCUUUGACCCUAUGAUGUUAGAGGCUGGUUGCCUGCAGUUCCACGAGCGCUUCUCUACCUAUCAGCGUUACUGUUGGGAGGAGGAAAACAAUCUAGAGUUCACACGCAGGCAGAUGGAGAGCAACCCACAUUUUUUCACUUAUGUUCAGUGGGUGGAGACUCACCCUCAGUGUGACCGGAUGCGGCUCGGGGGCAUGCAGGCCCAACCCCAUCAGAGGAUCACAAAGUAUCCUCUGCUGCUUAAAGCUGUGCUGAAAACCACCCAGGAUCCUCACGUACAGCACUCACUCAAAGGCAUGUUAUCCAGCGUAAACAGUUUUUUGGAGAGCAUCAAUGACUACCUGAAGCUAAAAGAUGAAGAACUCGCUCUCAGCAUCUCAGCUCAGAGGGUGGAGGGAUACGAGGUGGAGAGAAUAAAUGAAGACAUUGACAGGCAUGUCCGAGAGAUCUGCCAGUUUGACCUCACAUGCCCCAUCAGAGGAGUAGGUUCUGGAGUCGUACGUAAGCUGCUGCUGGAGGGGAACUUGAAGAUUCGGGGGAGAAAAGACAGCAAGCUGGAGGUGGUGGCUCUACUUUUCUCAGAUGUGCUUCUGAUGACUAAAGUCCAGAAGAAAGGAGAGCGGCUGAAGGUAGUUCGACCUCCUCUGGCCAUCGACAGAACGUGUUGCAUGGCACUGAAAGAUGGCUGUUCAUUUGUUCUGGUGGAGGUGGGGGAGCUUCGGAGUGCUAUGAAUGUCUACAUAUUUGCAACCAGCACCAUAGUGAGCUGCUCCACGUGGGUCUCCACCAUCCACCAGGCGAAGGAAACACUGUGGAACCUGAGACAGACAGAGAGCAACAGACAGCUGGAAAACUGGAAAAUCCAGCAGCUGGAGGCCAAACCUGUCCCAGAAGCCAAGACGGAUGAUAUGGAGUCAGAAGAACAACAUCAAUCAAGACGAGGGACUUUUGUGGAUGAACUCACUGAGGAACUUGUGAUCCCCAGAUCAAUAAAUGGGAUGAUGGCUUCUAAAGAAACAGAGGACCAGCAUCAACCUCCAGAUGGUGUGGCCACUGACAAUCCUGUUUUAUCUUUUUGGCACUCCCAGCCUAACGUCAGUAACGUCAAUAACAACGUCCGUAAACAAGUACCAAAGACUUUUUCUGGUCGGCAACAAGCACAUGUCAAAGGACAUGAAUGGAUAGAAAUGGGAGUGAGAGGAGAACAAGUCGGGAACUACACAGAGGGAGAAGAGAAAAGGGGGCAAAGGGGGAUCUGGAACCAGAGGGCACAAUCUACCCCUAAUCUGGAUCAUUUCAGACACAGUAAUGCAGCUGAUCCAUUAAGAUACAACACGACUAGACCACAUGCUUUCUUUUAUCCAGAUGUUGACUACCCAACGGACGAAGAUAGUACUGAACACCUUCAUAACCAAGCAGCGACAUCCAGGGAGGGGCCUGAGUCUUUAAGACUACCAGAAGAGGGAGGAAUAUCAACACAGAGGGACUCGGAUUCCCAGUCUGUGAACCUGGACUCUUCUUUCGACAGCCAGUCUGGAGACAUGGAGACGUCUCCAGAGGCUUGGAGUUCCUCCAAAGUUUUGAGGUCACCCGGGUUACGCAAGAGAAGGCCAUCCAUUACCCAUCAGGCCCCCUCUUCCCACACAUCUGGGCAGUUCUUCCAGGGCUCAGAGCAGACAAACAGCUACUCUUUCUCCAACUCAAACAACAGCCUGAAGAGAAACUCUCUUCCUACCAGCUCAGAUUCACACCGGGUGCUAAAGCUGGGCUCCCUGAAGCCGAACCAAGGGAUGUUUUGGAACAUGCACGACAGAGCCUCUCCAGACCCCCAAACAUUGUCUGAACCUGAGCUUCCUGAUAUUGACUUCGAGAACCGAGUGAAAACCCAAAGGAGUGCCUCCAUUCCUAACAUCGUCAUUGAAGGAGACCAUGAACUUCGCCUGCACUCCAGUACGCUGUACGCGCAAAAUCCAAAUGUACACCCCUCGCCUCUGGACGGUCUUUUGGAAAGAGUCAAAGAGAGAGAAGGAUUAAAAAAAGACAGAAAUGUGAAAAUGGCCAAUUUGAAGUCAAAGUAUCCUCCUUCCCCCUCGUUUUCCACCACACCUUCUCCAUCUCCAUCUCCCAGUGAUGGAGACAGAGACACAGAGUGGGAGGAGGUGGAGCUGAUGAGACACAGAGCCCGCACAGUGAGUAAAGGAUGGAAGGAGCAGCUGGUGGACGGAGAUGAAGAUGACAAGAAGAAUAGUGUUGUCUUUUCGGACGGAGUAAAUGUGGACUGGUCAGGUUGGUGCUUUGAUGAUGAUGAAGUCAUGGAUCAUUUAUACCCUGCAGGCGAAGGGUUUAUUGAGGGUAUCAGCCGAUCUUUGGCCUCUUGGGAUAUCCACGGACUUACAGAGCAAGAAGACGGAGAGUACAGUCAGGUGUAGCUCUGAAGCUGCCUCACAGUCCUGGACUCAUUGAGUGGAUCCAAAACUAGACUAUCAACCACCAACCAACUUUUAUGCAAACUAAAAAUUCACUCUGUGAAUGUGAACUACAGGGGGCCCAAUUAACAAAUUAAUUAAUUAAUUUUUAUGAAAUGCUUCAGCGCACAAGAGGAGAACAAGUCUUUCCAGCAGUUCAGCAAACUUCUAGUUUCCAUUGACACAAAUGUCUUCAGUCUGAAUUUAUGGCCAAUAAUAAUUCUGUAAUUAAUGUAAAAUAAUGUAAUAUUUUUAGAAUAUACAAGCAUGUGGUCAGUGUUGUGUAAAUAUAAUGAAACAUUAUUUUUUUUAUAAAUAACUAGAACUAUUUUGAUAUAUUUUUUUAUAAUUUCCCUUGUCAUUGACCAGCGAGUUUCAGAUUGUAUAUAAUGUAAAAAAAAAUAAACCAGAUUUAUUUCUGUUGAAUGUAAUUUAUUUGUA